AUAGCAGUGGGAAAUGUUCUGUUUCUCUUCUAUUGGGAGCCCAGCACUGGCCUAGCAGGGGGGUGCAGGGCAGGACUGAGGGGCAUUGGCAGAGCUGUGUAGGGAAAGUUUACAGCUGAACACUGCAAAUUGUACCUGACUUUGCCCACUGUAUUCAGGAGCUGCAAGCUAGGACAAGAACAUUGGGAUGGUAGAGAUCUUUACUGAGGGCUGGUUUUAUCAAAUGUUUUCUCCCUGCUUUUUCCCAGCUAGGCCUUGUCUGGGAUCUCUUGCAGAUGACCUCUUGGGCAGAGCGUGAGUUCUUGUGUAAAGAGAGGCAUACCGCAUGGCCAGGGUUUUCCCCAAGAGCUUAUCAUAAACUGGCAGUUGCAAGACCACCAUGCACAGACAUCAAGAUCAAAGUUAAUCAGAAACUGCGCUGCCCCUGGGAAGACACUAGCCGCUGGCACAUCUGGGGAUACCACACCUGGCUGGAUGUAGGGAGGCUGCCUCCACUCUUCCCAUCGAGGCCGGACAUACCUUAUGACAGCAAUGUGUGGCGAUGGAUUACUGCUCCCAGGACAUACUGCAUGCCCCAGCCGCCCAUCCCGCCUCCCUCAGAGAUGGAUGGGAACACUUACCUCAAGUUCAUCGCACAGGGAGCUCUGUUUUUAGACAAGAAACGUACAGAAAAAGCUGUGGCCCAAAUACAGAAAGAGCUACAGGAAUGCAAGCGACUAAAGAUGAUGAGCGAGUGCCGAGCUCCCCCCAUAAACAGCCAGGGAAAUAUUUUGCCUCCUCAGGACUUCAACCGAUACAGACACCUGACUGCAGGAAGAGGCCUGCAAUCUCUCUCUGUCCAGCUGCAGCCAGUCAGACCUGCAACUAGAGACUGUUGGGAUUGGCCUUGCCCCAGCCUCCAACCCCAUUACCAGGAGGCAGCACAGAGACUCGCUUUGAGGAACAGCAGUCCAGUCUACGAAGAGUUGCUGCAGAAAUACCAGGAGCUGGCUGUGUCUGGGAGACAACCAGGAUUUUGUAACCCUCACAGCAAACAGAACCCAGAACACUAG